CAUGUAAACAUCGGGUAUGCAACGUUCCCAUUCAAUACUCGCAGUGCAAAAAUGGAGUUCUUGAUUUAAUAAAGAAAAGUUUGAUGUAUAAUGGAGGUAUCCGGUAAGAAACUCAAGGCGGAUGUACAUGACACGACCUUCUGCCAGCCCUGCUCCUAUGAUGGGAAAACUCUUCCAGCCGAGGCCUACUGUACUGUUUGCCAUGAGUUCAUGUGCUCUUCUUGCUCAAAUGUUCACAAAAAUCAAAAAAUCUCGAGGUCUCAUGCAUUUUUGGAUAAGAGAAGCAUGCCGACAUCUAUGGAGGUUCAGCCAGAUGAUCAACACAGCACUGAGCCUUGCGAUGUUCAUCCUGAAGAGUUUAUUAAAUACUUCUGUCCAGCCCACCAGACACUCAACUGCGGACAUUGUCUAGUUAAAGAUCAUAGAACAUGUCAUGUUGACAUCAUCUCUGAAAUAUCAAGGGGCUUUAAAGACAACAAAGAGUAUGAAGACAUCAGCAAAGCAUUUUUCGAAUUGUCUAAAGCUCUUGGAUACUGUGUUGAAGACGUUGACACCAAAUUGAAAUUAAUCAAAGAGCUUGCUGAAAAUGAAGUAUCAAAUUUACGGCAAUACAGAGAUAAGAUAAACUCAUACUUUGAUAAGAGAGAAAAUGCCCUUCUUAUGAUCAUAGAGCAAAAUAAAAGUAAAGAUGAAACACGUCUCAACUCCAUGAAACCCAAAUGUGAUGACCUCAGAGCCAAGGUUGAAGACAUUAAAUCCAAACUUGCAGAACAGGAGGGAAACACUACCCAAUUGUUUAUUGAAGUACAAAGAGCAAAGAAACAAAUAGAAACUCUGCAGUUUGGCAUGGUUGACAUAAACAAAGAGAUGGCUGUUCACCGCUACCAGAUGCUAAUUGAUCCGGCCACUGAAAGACUGUUGUCAUCAAGCACGGGUCUUGGUACUGUAAUCGAAAUGUCGAGUAGCAAGGAUAGGACAUUGAACUGCAACCAUUUGGUGGAGCCUGAUUCCGAAAAGCAGAUACCUGGUGUGACGACAAAAGUCAUAAAUCAGGUUGGAGUUGAGUCAUUUCAAGAUGAUGGAAGUAGUGGAAAACUUACAGAAGAAGAAAGUCAGGAUAGCGAUAAUAUGGCAAAGGCAGAAGAACAAAACUGUUGUCCGAUAUGCUUGGACAAUAUCAGUGACCCAAAGAAGUUGAUAUGUGGCCAUGUUUUUUGUACUAAAUGUAUUGAUAUGUGUUUGGAAGUUGGAAAGAAAGUGUGUCCAAUCUGUUUCACAGUGGUCGGUAAAAUCACUGGCGAUCAGCCCAGUGGAACUAUGACAGUAUACAGUACAUGCGACCCAAAACAACGGGAGCUCAUAAUUAACUAUAACUUUCCUAAUGGUCGACAAGAGAGUCGUCACCCACCUCCUAGACAACCUUUUCGAGGGUCAAAAAGAACAGCUUACCUUCCAGACAAUGAAAAAGGGCGUACCAUUUGCCGAAUGUUGAAAGUUGCUUUCAGACGAAAACUUGUCUUUACCACUAGACAAACUAGAGACACAAGCCGUGAGGUGAUAACUUGGAACGAUAUUCAUCAUAAGACCGACCAUGGGCCGUUCACACUGUGUGGGUAUGCAGAUCCGUCCUACCUGGAGCGUGUUACUGGCGAGCUUAAGGCCAAGGGUAUAACUGAAGAGGAUAUUGAUAGUCGUGAGCCAAUUGACGGCACAAUAUACGCAUAAAUCAACACGGAUUUGAAGAAAUAUUUCAAAAGUGCAUCGUACUAUUACAAUAGAAAUGUUUCCAAAUGUUAUUGUUGACGUCUUAUAAAAGCUGGUGAUAGUAGGUGUGUUUGGAAAGUUGUAAAACAAGGUGGUAUGUAUAAUGUGUAAAUUUUUAAUUUAAAAUCAUGUUACUGUAAUGCAUAUAGAGAGUCCUAUGACAGACACUGAUACUGAACUAAUUAUUAUAUAUUUCUUUUGAUGGAUUUCAAAGUGUGAACUCGUCGUUAAUUUUUAUUUUCAAUGUUUUAAGCAAAUGUUGCUAUGUUAAAAAAGUGCAGGUUGUUUUUAACAAGAGUUAAGAAAGGAUAACGUGUUUAUGUGUAAUGUAAAUAUUGAACACACAUAAAUAAUUCAACAAAUAUUGUUAUGAAUUUGUCUUUGUGUUAAAUGUAUCAUUGUCUUAAGAUUGUUGUCUGUGCGUGUGUAUUUUUGAAGAAAAGGA